AUGGAGGCCUUAAAACGUCAACGGGCAGCGCUGAAAGGGCAAAUAACGAGGAUAUCUACAUACUGUGAUUCAUCGGCCACUUCAUUAGCUGAAUCCACUCUACGACAGGCUAAGUUGGAGCAAUAUAUGCAAUCAUAUGAGCGCAUCCAAAACGAAAUUGAAGCCGUCGUCGAAGAAGAGCAUUUGGAAGGUGAAACACAGUAUCGCGUAGAAUUCGAAAAUACAUUUUUCUCGGUACACACAAAAUUAACAGAAUUGUUACAAACUCAAAGAUCGAGUGAUUCGCGAUUCGAAGAAGAAAAUGAUAUCGGUAAAGCCCUCAAAUCGCUAAUGGAAAAUCAGUGCGCGUUAAACGAUGUUGUGAAGUCGCUAUCCGAAUCUUCACGGCGUUCAAUAACGAUCAACACAAACGAAACGAUAGCAAGACUUCCAGAUUUGAAAGUGCCAGAAUUUAAUGGCAAAUUUGACGAGUGGGUUCGGUUUCGCGAUCUUUUUACGUCGUUGAUUGCAUCAAAAGAAAAACUCACGGGCGUCGAAAAAUUAGAAUAUCUCCAGACAUGGCUCAAGGGAGAUGCAUUAUCGAUUAUAAAGCACCUUACCCCAAGCAACGACAAUUUUAAUGUCGCGUGGAAUUUAGUGAAGGCCUGUUAUGAUAAACCGCAGUUUAUCAUGGUCGCCCAUUUAGAUAAUAUUUUUGAUCAACCAUGCCUUAAAGCAGGAUCACUCAGUGAAAUUAAACGCUUAUUUACGGUCACCAGUGAAAACAUUAACGCGUUGCGGGCAUUAAAACUACCGGUUGAUGCGUGGGAUGUGCUGAUGGUGUAUUUCUUAUCCAAAAAACUAGAUUCCGGGAAUCGAAUGCUAUGGAUUCGUUUCAUUAAAAAUAAAUCAGAUUCGACAUUGUCAGAUUUUAAUCGGUUCUUAGGCGAACGUAUUAACGAAUUAGAAAGCCUCAACUUAUCGAAUAUCGGUCAUUCAAAUGCUUACAAAUCGGUUUCCAAAGAUGUGGGAAAAAGAGUUAUGAACGCUACUGUUCCUUCCUGCCCAAAAUGUAAACAUAAGCAUUUCUUAUAUAUGUGCCCACAAUUUCGUGAUUUAGCCAUACCGGCUCGUUUUGAAUUCGUUAAAUCUAACAAUUUAUGUCCAAACUGUAUUCGCACAAAGCACAAUUUAAACGAGUGUAAGUUUUCGCAUUGCAAGAUGUGUGGAUUAAAGCACAAUACGAUGCUUCAUUAUGAAUCCCACUCUCAAUCUAAUUCAAAUAACAUUUCACAAGCUACCUCGAGUGGUAGCUCUCGGGUUCAGCAACAAUCACCAGGUUCCUCGAACGGUCUAGUGGUUAAUACGAUGCAACAUUCUUAUCGGGAGUGCUUUACGAUGCUACCAACGGCAUUGGUAAUGGUCAGGGAUGGGCGCAACGAACUGCAAAUGUGUAGAGCUCUACUUGACUCGGGUUCGCAAGCAACUCUUAUUUCGGAGUCGUGUCUCCAAAGGCUAGGCCUAAAACGUAUUCACGCUAAAAUUCCUAUUCUCGGUCUAGGGCAGUGCGAAAGUGUUCACGGAACUCGAGGAAAAGUAAAGCUCGAUAUCUCCUCGCACCUUAAUACAGUUAGCUUGUCGGUGCAAGCAUUUAUUCUUUCGUCCCUCACAAACGAUUUGCCGAGCGUAGAAAUUCCAAGUGUUAACUUAUCGUACUUUAAUAAUCUGACGUUAUCAGAUCCAACGUGUAACCGCCCACAAAAAAUCGAUAUUAUAUUGGGCGCCGAUAUAUUUUUUGACAUUAUCGCAGAGGGUAGAAUUACGCAUCCUUCAGGGUCACCGGGCGCGCAGAAUACCAUAUUUGGCUGGGUGAUUGCCGGAAACAUUUCAUUGGCCCACGAACAUUGUUUAGGAAUUUUCCACUCCACGGUCGAUACCGAUACGCUUCUACGAAAAUUCUUCGAGCACGAAAAUAUGUUUGAUGGUAAUUCCACCGAGUACGAGGUAAGUGAAACCAUUGAAAAUCAUUUUGCAUCUACACAUUUUAUCAAUUCGGACGGUAGAUUUGUAGUUAGCUUGCCGUUUUCAAGAACACCAAUCGAAUUUGGAAACUCCCGAGAUGCAGCAUUAAAACGGCUAACUGCAAUGGAGAGACGAUUCUCCAAGGACUUAAAUCUAAAACGCGAAUACGCAGCAUUUAUGGAGGAGUAUGAGCAGCUAGGCCAUAUGUCCGUUGUGCCCGAAAGUGAACGCGAACGUUCAGCAUUCUACUUACCCCAUCAUGCGAUAUUAAAGCCCACUAGUACUACUACUAAGUUAAGGGUCGUCUUUGACGCGUCAUGUAAGUCCACGAAUGGAUUUUCCUUGAACGAUUAUUUGCGCGUCGGACCUACGAUACAAAACGAUUUAAUUACAAACCUUGUCAAGUUUCGAAAACUUAAAAUUGCGGUCAAGGCUGACAUUGCAAAAAUGUACCGCCAAAUAUUGGUAAACGCGAACGACGUACAUUUCCAGCGUAUAGUUUGGAGGAACAACGUUAGUGAAGAGCCGCGUGAUUAUCAACUCCAAACAGUUACAUACGGUACGGCUUCCGCCUCUUUUUUGGCCACGAGGGUCUUAAAACAAAUCGGCAUCAAUAAUAUAGCGAGAUAUCCGCGGGCUUCGGACAGCCUAAUUAAUGACUUUUAUGUAGAUGACUUUAUGUCUACUUUCGAUUCCAUUGAAGAUGCCACAAGUGUUAAAAAUGAUCUUUGCCAUAUUUUGAAACAAUCGGGAAUGGACCUUCGAAAAUGGUCUUCAAACUCGCGAGAAUUUUUAAAUACAAUCGAUGCCGAGCAUCAAGAGACAGCAACCGAGUUGUGUAUUGGCGAGAAUGGUGUAAAAACAUUAGGGUUAUGGUGGAACGUUGAAGUCGAUUGCUUUGAGUUCCAUGCAUCGUUAAAUACCCUACGUGCACAAGCCACAAAACGAGAAGUGUUAUCGGACAUUGCGCGCGUCUUCGAUCCCUUAGGAUGGCUUUCGCCAACAGUUGUCAAAAUGAAGGUUUUCAUGAAGCAUCUUUGGCUAAGACAAAUAGGGUGGGAUGAGUUUAUCCCUAUGGACCUUUACAACAAGUGGUCAGAAUUCAGAUCGGAUCUGGAUUCCCUGCGUGUCAUCCAAAUUCCGCGUUGGCUGCAUUCAAGUGAGGGGAAGGUUAUGGAAUUGCACGGCUUUGCUGACGCGUCAGAGUCAGCAUAUUCUGCUGCAGUAUAUUCCAGAGUGGUAGGACCCGACGGUAUUCGAACUGCGCUCAUUUGCGCGAAAACAAGAAUUGCGCCAACAAAACCUACACUUACAAUACCGCGCCUUGAACUAUGUGGCUCUUUAUUGCUAACGAAAUUACUUAGCAAGGUGAAAGAUGCCCUUAUGAUUCAUGAAACCGAAUGCUUUGCCUAUACGGAUUCAACAACCGUUCUUCAUUGGAUUCACGGAUUCCCCCGACAGAGAAACGUAUUUGUUGACAACCGAAUUUCUCAAAUCGUCAGUAAAUUUCCUGUAUCUAUAUGGCAUCACGUACGAACGGCAGAUAAUCCCGCAGAUUGUGCCACCCGCGGUAUAAUGCCACAUUGCCUGACUAAUUUGAACUUAUGGUGGAACGGGCCGCGGUUUUUACGCAAUGAGGUGAUUACGUUUUCUACCUUGCCAGAAUAUAGUGAAAGUGCAAACGAAUGCAAACUUGUCUGUUUAACUGAAACUCCGAACAUUAAAAACUUUGAAAUAUCUACACGUUUCUCGAAUCUUAACCGUCUUUUGCGCGUUGUUACGCGAUGUAUUCUUUUGUUUCGAAGACGACAAACACAAAAUCCAUCGCGAAUUUACUUUCUUUCACCGCAAGAUCUACUUUUGGCAAAAAUCGCUCUCGUUCGGAUCUCGCAAGGCCAGUACUUUCUCGACGAAAUAAAUUGUUUAAAAAACUUUGAUGCGGUCUCGAAAAAGAGUAAAUAUCGAUUUAUGGAUCCUUUUAUCGACAAAUUCGGAAUACUCCGCGUAGGAGGGCGAUUGAAAAACGCUUCAAUACCGUUCGAUCAGAAGCAUCCAAUCAUUCUUCACAAGGAUGAUCAUUUUACGACGCUUAUUGUCAGCGACUGUCAUAUAAGCAAUAUGCAUGCCGGAAUACGACAGAUGACGUAUCUUCUGCAUCUUAAUUAUUUCAUUCUCGGCGUUCAUCAUGUAAUUAAACGAUGCGUAUAUAAGUGCCCUACAUGUGUACGACAACGAGGAAUACCUUAUCAACAGAAGAUGGGCAAUUUGCCCCAGCAACGAUUGGAACCGGGAGUGACCUUCGGCAAUACCGGCGUCGAUUAUGCUGGGCCAUUUACGGCCAGGUCUUGGAGAGGACGAGGUGCGAAGCAAUAUAAGGUGUACGUGGCCUUAUUUAUUUGCAUGGCAACGAAGGCCAUACAUUUGGAGGUAGUCACCGAGCUUUCAUCAGCAGCCUUCAUAGCUGCAUUGCGAAGAUUUGUGGCCAGGCGUGGUAAGUGCCAUACUAUUUUUAGUGACAACGGCACAAAUUUCAUGGGCGCCAAUCAAACCCUUCGCGAAUGGGCGAAUCUUCUCAAUUCGACCAGCUUUCAAACUGACGUCACAGGUGAACUUACCACCAACGGAAUUAAUUGGAUCUUCUCACCGCCUCAUGGUCCGCAUUUCGGUGGACUUUGGGAGGCCGGCGUUAAAACAUUAAAAUUUCAUUUACGAAGAGUGAUGGCGAACACAUCAGUGACCUACGAAGAAUUUUCAACGAUCUUGUGCCAAAUCGAGGCAUGUGCAAAUUCAAGGCCAUUGUGCGCUCGUUUUGAAGGUGAUGUCGACCCUUUGACCCCAGCGCAUUUUCUGAUCUCGAGACCUUUGUUGACUGUGCCUGAUCCAACCGAUCUAAACUGCAAAAUUUCACUAUCGAAUAGGUGGCAAUACCUGCAAUCUCUUGUUCAUGGUUUUUGGCAAAAAUGGUCUCAAGAUUACAUCAACCAAUUGCGCAAGAGGUCAAAAUGGCAAGAGAAGUCUAAAAAUAUCGAAAUAGACGAUGUAGUCCUCAUAAGGGAUGAAAAUCAACCGCCAUGCCGAUGGCUUACCGGAAGAAUCGUCAAAACCUAUCCCGGACAAGAUGGACUUGUACGAGUUGCGUCCGUCGUUACAGCUAAGGGUGAAUUUAAGCGGCCAAUUUGCAAACUAUGUCCUCUAUUACUUGGUUGA